AUGGAGGGGUCCCUGGAGGAUGGGAAUGAGUCCCCACAUUCCCAGGGCUGUGCCACCGACUUGAGGUUUGCUGUGUGCAGUUUCAGGGAUUCCUGGGAUGAGGAGGAACCUGCUCCCCAGAUGCAGGUUAAGGACCUCAGUCCUCCAAGAGCACCAGCAGGGGCAGCCCAGGGUGAAGGGCUACAGGGUAGCCCCUUAUCCAGGGAGCUUCAACUACCCCCAGAACAGAUGCCUGCAGAUGGGUCAGGAGAUGGCCAGAGGAGCACAUUAGGAGGCUCCUCAGUCCAGUCAGAGGGGCCAGCUCCCUGUGGAGUGGAGAGCCUCCUGUGUCCCAUGUCCUUCCACCUCAGCCUGGCACUGGGUAAGAGUGACAGUCCAGGGGGAGGUUUGGUAGGAGACCCAGGUAUAGGCAGGGCAGUUCCAGCUGGCUUGGGCCCUGGGGGUCUGCACAGUGACCCCGUGGACUUUGGAGACCUUUUGUCACAGACAUCUGCAAAGCUGUUGGAGGCAGACCCCAGCAGAUCCAGCCUCCCUAAGCCUGCUGACUGCUUUGUGGCCCAAGACCUCACCUGGGAGCUGCUGGCUAGUGGCAUGGCUGCCCUGCCAGGGACUCGGGAUGUAGAAGGCCGAGCAGUUCUGCUUCUGUGUGCCCACAACCCAGCCUGGCUUCACCCCAAGUGCAGCAGCCAUGAACUCAUCCACCUCCUGCUCUACCUGCGAAGCAUCCCCAGGCCCGAAGUACAGGCCCUGGGACUGACAGUGCUCAUCGAUGCUGGAAUUUGUUCCCCAAGCUCUUCCCUGUUCUGGGGGCUCAACCAACUACAAGAAGCAGCCCCAGGAUCAGUGCACCAGGUGCUGCUAGUGGGAAAGAUGCCAGAGGAGGUGCCUUCCAGGAUGCAGCUGGUGCAGCUGCCCUCUCAUCAGAGCCUGCUGACCUACAUCCCCACCACGGCGUUGCCCACUUCGCUGGGAGGAUGCCUGCCUUACUGCCACCAGGCCUGGCUGGAUUUCCGGAUGCAUCUGGAAGCCCUAAUGAAGAACUGCCAAGUGGUUUGUGCCAUGCUCCAGGGAGCCAUGGAGAGUGUGAAGGCCGUGCCGCAGCCCAUGGAGUCUGGGGAAGUCAGUCAGCUGCUACAGCAGGUGCGGGUCCUGAUGCAGCAGGUUCUAGACUCACCACAGCUGGCAUGGCUACAAUGCCAGGGGGCCUUGGAGUUGGCAUGGCUGAAGCAGGAGGGCCCAGAGGUGACCCUAAGCCCAGACUACAGGCCGGCGGUGGACAAGGCUGAUGAGCUGUAUGGCCGCAUCGAUGGACUGCUGCAUGAGCUGACCCUGAAGAGCAACCAGCGAGUACAGGCCCUGGAGUUGGUUCAAAAGUUGGAGGCCCAGGAGGGUGGGCUUCACCAGAUUGAAGUGUGGCUACAGCAGGUGGGCUGGCCAGCACUGGAGGAGCCAGGGCAACCCUCACUGGACAUGCUGCACCAGGCCCAAGGCCCUUUUCAGGAGCUGGAUCGGGUUGCACAGGAGCAGGUCAAGAGAGGGGAGAAGCUUCUGCAGCCACUGGCCGGCUGGGAGGCGGCUGAACUGGGCCCCUAUGGGGCGCGCUUUCUGGCCCUGCGAGCUGAGCUGACUGAAUUCUUUAGGGCUUUGGCCCAGCGGCGCCAGCGGCUGGCAGAUGCUGAGAAGCUUUUUCAGUUUUUCAGGCAGGCCUCAACGUGGGCUGAGGAGGGACAGCGGGUUUUGGUAGAGCUGGAGCAGGAGCACCUGGGGGUUGUGCUGCAGCAGCUGAAGCUGCACUGGACUAAGCACCCCGACUUGCCUCCUGCCCACUUCCGAAAGAUGUGGGCUCUGGCCACGGCGUUGGGCUCGGAGGGCAUCCGCCAGGAAUGCCACAGGGUCUGGGCACGGUGCCAGGAUACCUGGCUGGCCCUAGACCAGAAGCUAGAGGCUGCACUGAAGCCACCACCGACAGGCAGUACAACUAGCCUGUGUGUCAGCCGGCUCUCCCCUGCAUCUGCCACCCCUCCCGUGGGGAAGGCCUACAGUUUUGAUCAGAAUAUGGGCCAGAGUACCAGUGAACCUGCCCACCGCUGCCACCAUGUGGCCAUUGUUUCUGCCUGCCAAGGACCAGAGGCUGAAGGAAGUGCCCAGCCUGGGUCAUCCCCUACUGUGCCUCCACCAGGCAGCUGUGACCUCAGGAGCCCCAACAGGCUACAGCUGGUGCUGGCGGAGAUGGUGGCCACAGAGCAGGAGUAUGUUCGGGCCCUUGACUACACCAUGGAGAACUACUUACCAGAGCUGGAUCGACCUGAUGUGCCCCAGGGCCUCCGUGGCCAGCGCGCCCACCUCUUCGGCAACUUGGAGAAGCUGCGGGACUUCCACUGCCAUUUCUUCCUGCGUGAGCUGGAGGCUUGCACCCGGCACCCACCCCGAGUGGCCUAUGCCUUCCUGCGCCACAGGGUGCAGUUUGGGAUGUAUGCACUCUACAGCAAGAAUAAACCUCGCUCCGAUGCCCUGAUGACCAGCUAUGGUCACGCCUUCUUCAAGGAUAAGCAGCGAGCACUUGGCGACCACCUGGACCUGGCCUCCUACCUGCUAAAGCCCAUCCAGCGUAUGAGCAAGUAUGCGCUACUGCUGCAGCAGCUGGUGCGGGCCUGCGGAGGCCCUGUGCAGGAGGUGAGCGCCCUGCAGGCAGCCCAGAGCCUCGUGCGCUUCCAACUGCAACAUGGCAACGACUUGCUGGCCAUGGAUGCCAUCCAGGGCUGUGACGUUAACCUCAAGGAACAGGGGCAGCUGGUGCGACAGGAUGAGUUUGUCGUGCGUGCUGGCCGUCAUAAGUCUCUGCGCCGCAUUUUCCUCUUUGAGGAGCUGCUGCUCUUUAGCAAACCUCGCCGUGGACCAGCAGGUGUUGACACAUUUACCUACAAGCGCUCCUUCAAGAUGGCAGACCUUGGCCUCACCGAAUGCUGUGGGGAUAGUGACCUGCGCUUUGAGAUCUGGUUCCGCCGCCGCAAAGCCAGGGACACCUUUGUACUACAGGCCUCCAGCUUGGCCACCAAGCAGGCCUGGACGGCUGACAUCUCCUGCCUGCUCUGGAGGCAGGCAGUCCAUAACAAGGAGGUGCGCAUGGCUGAGAUGGUGUCCAUGGGUGUGGGGAACAAGGCCUUCCAGGACAUUGCCACCAGCGAGGAAGCUAUCAAUGACCGUACCAUCAACUACGUCCUAAAGUGCCGAGAAGUUCGUUCUCGGGCCUCCAUUGCUGUGGCUCCAUUUGAGUAUGACAGCCCCUACCUGGGGGCCUCAAGCUCCCUUCCUGGAGACCCUGCCUCUUGCUCUGUUCUGGGGUCCCUCAACUUACACCUGUACAGAGACCCAGCUCUUCUGGACCUCCGCUGGCCCCUGUAUCACCCCACCUUCCCAGAGGAAGCAGCACUGGAGGCUGAGGCAGAGCUGGGCAACCAGCCCUCUUUGACUCCCGAUGGCUCAGAGGUCUCGUCCCAGUGCCCAUCAGCCAGUGGCUCCAGUGGCUCAGACAGCAGCUGUGUGUCAGGGCAGGCCCUGGGCAGGGGCCUCGAGGACUUGUCCUAUGUGGAGCUGGGGAAUGGGGGCAUGUGGGUCAGAGCCAUUCCUCAGAGAACCCCCUGGAUGUAG